AUGGCAUUGGAGAACCCUAAAGAGAAUGUCAGGGAGAAGACCCCUGAGGAUGCCAUCGAUGAUGAUGUUGUGGUUAUUGCUAACCAUGAAGACCUUCCUCCUUCCACCUUUGCAUUUACAAAUGCUGGUGAAGAGGAGGAAGAUGAUGAUGAUGAGGAGGAUUUUGAGCCUCAGAUCCCAGACAUAGGUACUGACCUUGGUGGUGAUGAUGAUGACAACAAUGAUGAUGAUUUCUCUAUUCAAAUUAUACCAAGACAGCCUUCUUUUGAAACCCAUGAGGAUGAGGAAGAUGAAGAUGAAGAUGAAGCUUUCAACCUCAUACCCAGGAAGUCAUCAAGACAACAUGUAUGCUCAGAGGUUGAAGAAGACGUGAGUAUGGCCAGCUUAUAA